AUGCUGAGGCGCAGCUUGGAACACCGGGACGCCCAGACGCGGCAGCUGCAGAGCGCCGUGUCCAACGUGGAGAAGCACUUCGGGGAGCUGUGCCAGAUCUUCGCCGCCUACGUGCGCAAGACGGCGCGGCUGCGCGACAAGGCGGACCAGCUGGUGAGCGAGGUGACCGUGUACGCCGCCACCGAGACCCCCAACCUCAGGCAGGGCCUCAAGACCUUCGCCGACGAGUUCGCCAAACUCCAGGACUACCGGCAGGCCGAGGUUGAAAGACUUGAAGCCAAAGUAGUUGAACCGUUGAAAGCUUAUGGAACCAUUGUAAAAUUGAAACGAGAUGACCUCAAAGCAACAUUAACAGCAAGGAAUCGAGAAGCCAAACAGUUAACUCAGUUAGAAAGAACACGCCAGCGAAACCCUUCUGACCGACAUGUUAUUUCACAGGCAGAAACUGAACUGCAGAGAGCUACCAUGGAUGCUACUCGAACAACUCGCCAGCUGGAGGAAACUAUCGACAGCUUUGAAAAGCAGAAAAUAAAGGACAUAAAGACUAUAUUUUCAGAAUUUAUCACUAUUGAAAUGCUGUUUCAUGGCAAAGCUUUGGAGGUCUACACUGCUGCCUACCAAAAUAUACAAAAGAUUGAUGAAGAAGAAGAUUUAGAGGUUUUCCGAAAUUCUCUGUAUCCACCAGAUUAUUCAUCUCGUUUAGAUAUUGUAAGAGCAAAUUCAAAGUCACCACUUCAGAGAUCACUGUCAGCUAAGUGUGCACCUGGAACAGGACAGGUACCCAAUUGUCGACUAAGAAAGGAUCAACAAGCAGACAAUGAUGAGGAAGAGGAUGAAGACUUAGAUGUAACAGAAGAAGAAAAUUAA